AUGCUCGAACAACUGAUCAAAUCCUACCCAGAGGUGACACGUGAACACGUUCUCUCGAAAAUCGACCCGACUUCUCUGCUAUUGUUGCGAAGAUGCAGCCGUUGCGUCCAACAGUUUGUGGAUAGAAAUUCGUCUUCUUUAACUUCUUCUUCCCCUGAAUCGUCGUCGUCGGUAGCGUUGUCAACGACGCAAAAUCAUAAAUUCAAACCGUCCGAGUUCGCGUCUUCGAUCAAUUUGAUUGAAUACGCCAUCGAAUGCGGAUGUCCGAUCGACCGCACGAGAUUCGCGACGUUUGCGGCGAGAUUUGGAAAUAUCGACGUGAUUCGAUAUUUAGUCGUAGAGAAGGAUUUGUGCGAGUGGGAUUGGCGAACGACGCAAAAAGCGUGCGAGUUUGGACACGUCGAAUUAUUGAAAUGGUUACUAGAGAAAGGGUGUCCGAUUAACGAUUUCGCUUCUAUUGCAGCCGCACAGAACGGAAGAGUGAACGUGUUAGAGUUUUUGGAAGAGAGGGACAUUGUGAAAAUUGGGAGAUGGUCGCCGAGAGCGCUCGCGCGCGCGUGUCGAAACUUGCACUUGAACGCCAUCGAUUUUCUCUUGCAGAGAGGAUGUCAAUGGGACGACGACUGUCUCUUCGAGGAAGUUUUAGUCGGGGCGGCACUCACUAAAGGUCGGUUGGACGCGUUAGAGUGGAUAUUAGAAAAAGAGGUGUGCGAGACGACGGAUUUUUGGCCGCAACACUGCGAAUACGCCGCGAGACUGGGACAUUUGGACUGUUUGCGUUGGUUAAGAGAGGUGCCGAAGACGAAGUGGGACAGAGAGCAAGUCAUUCGUUUGUGCCGAGAGGCGGGUACGGACGGUAGUUUGAAAUGUUUAGAGUACGUGAUGCAAUCGGAAGAGGGAGAGAAUGAGGUUCGACGAGAGUUAGAUUAG